AUGAAGCAGACCAAGCCAAAGAAAAAGGCCACACCAUCGAAAGAUGCCUUUACAAUACCCCUCUUACUCAUCACACCAUCCUCUAUACCGAGAAUCAAGUCCACAAAAAGAGCUAAACCCUGGUGGUCUCCAAAGCUGAAAGCCCUUCGAAAACGACUCUCUAAUGCAUUUGAGAACGCCAAGAUUUACCUGGAAGACGAUAUAUUCAAGAAAAUCUACCAGUCAGCCAGGAAUCAUUACUUCCAAGCUAUUAAAACAGCAAAGAAAAACCAUUGGAACGAGUUCCUUGAAAAAGAGGAUACCCAAUCCAUAUUCAAGGCAAUGUUAUACACAAAAGAUAUACAAACCAAAAGAAUCCCGAAUAUUCGAUCCAAUCCCUCUAAACUAGAAAAUUCUUUCGAGGGAAAAUGCUCUGCAUUUAGAUCGACCCUAUUUCCUCCUCCUUCAUUCACCCUACCGCCCAAUUGGGAAAGUUAUAAACAAUCUAAGAAAUGGGAAUGGCCUGAUCUCACAAAGAGCGAACUCCUAAACGCAUACUCUGCAAAAAUCAAAGGAAAGACCCCUGGCCCCGAUGGGAUCACUCAAGAUAUCAUUAUUCAAGUGUACAAAGCAAUACCAAAAGCAUUCUUCACCUUCUUCAGUCAUCUUAUCAACCUUGGUUACCAUCCUUCUUGCUGGAAACAAGUCAUUGGAGCGAUUCUCAAAAAACCUUCAAAACCAGACUACUCGGCCCUAAAAGCUUAUAGAGUUAUCGUCUUGCUAAAUUGCCUUGGCAAGAUAAGUGAAAGAAUUCUGGCUCAAAGGCUUAGCUACUUAGCGAAGACUACGCAAUUACUUCAUUACUCUCAAAUAGGUGGAAGACAAAAGAAAUCAGCCAUCGAUACAGCAAUCUUACUCAUUACCGAAAUCGAAAGAAAUUCAAGAUCCAAGAAGAAAACCUCAACUCUUUUCCUGGAUAUUAAAGGUGCCUUUGAUCAUAUAUCUAUGAACAAAUUAUUAGAUAUCUGCAAGAAUCUAAACCUCCCAACUAGCCUAAUCGCCUGGAUCUCAUCUUUUUUGAAGGAAAGGCUACUCAAGCUCUCAUUCGAUGGCCAAAUUGAAACCUUCAAACCGAUCAAUACCGGGACCCCCCAAGGUAUAUGGUUCGACCCUGGCCUCAGUUUCAAACAACAUGUCACAAUCCGAGCUACCCAGGCUAAAACCUCAUUCUACUGA